AAGCACAAUAGUGCAUUAAAGAUCGCAUAAUCUCCACCACCACCUUCUCGAAUUUGCGAGAAGUUGGGAGCGUGUACUUUCGCCCUAUCCCUCUCUUUUCACGAACCAACCAUCAUUCAAGAAACCCCAUUUAAGAAACAAGAAUAAACAAGCUCUAACACGUCAAAUUUUUUAAAAACAGAAAAAACCAGGAUCAAAGUUAUACGUAGAAAAAGACCAUGGCUUGUUUCUUGGAAAGCCGGUUUCUCGGAAUUCCCUAUUUUUCCAAGAAUCCAAACAAAAGUUACCGCCAGGUUCAUUAUAACAGACCAAGAACGUUAAGAAUUAAGUGUGAGAAAGUUGUGGGGAUCGACUUAGGGACAACAAAUUCCGCGGUAGCGGCAAACGAGGGAGGAAAGCCUAUAAUAGUAACAAACGCGGAGGGGCAAAGAACGACGCCAUCUGUGGUGGCGUUUACAAAAAAUGGAGAUAGGCUGAUUGGGCAAGUAGCAAAGAGACAGGCCAUACUAAAUCCAGAGAAUACUUAUUUUUCUGUUAAGAGGUUUAUUGGAAGAAAGUAUGAAGAAGUUGAAGAAGAGGCUAAGCAAGUGUCCUAUAAGGUGGUUAAAGAUGAUAAUGGAAAUGUUAAGCUAAAUUGCCCAGCUCUUGGAAAGGAUUUUUCUCCUGAGGAGAUUUCUGCCUUGGUCCUAAGAAAGCUUAGUGAUGAUGCAUCAAAAUUCCUGAAUGAUAAAGUUCGUAAAGCUGUGAUUACAGUUCCAGCAUAUUUCAAUGAUUCCCAGCGAACAGCGACCAAAGAUGCAGCUUAUAUUGCUGGUAUAGAAGCUCUAAGGAUAAUCAAUGAACCUACUGCAGCUGCAUUAGCUUAUGGGUUUGAGAAAAAGAACAAUGAAACCAUUUUAGUAUUUGACCUUGGCGGCGGCACUUUUGAUGUUUCAGUUCUUGAGGUUGGAGAUGGAGUAUUUGAAGUUCUUUCUACAUCAGGUGAUACACACUUAGGUGGCGAUGAUUUUGACAGGAGAAUUGUUGAGUGGCUAGCUGAAAUCUUUAAGCGAGAUGAAGCAAUUGAUCUUCUGAAAGACAAACAAGCUCUUCAGCGUCUAAUGGAGGCUGCUGAGAAAGCGAAAAUAGAGUUGUCAUCUUUGAGCCAGACCAAUAUUAGUUUGCCUUUCAUUACUGCUACUGCAGAUGGCCCUAAACACAUUGAUGUGGCUCUUACGAGAGCUAAGUUUGAAGAGUUGUCUGGAGAUUUGUUGGAUAGACUACAAGCUCCAGUUAAAAAUGCCUUGAAAGAUGCAAACCUUUCUGUGAAAGAUAUAGAUGAAGUCAUCCUCGUAGGCGGUUCAACACGAAUCCCGGCUGUUCAGAAUCUGGUGAGGAAAAUGAUUGGAAAAGAACCUAAUGUAACAGUCAAUCCUGAUGAAGUCGUUGCACUCGGAGCCGCAGUUCAGGCUGCUGUUCUGGCUGGAGAAGUGAGUGAAAUUGUGCUUCUAGACGUGACACCACUCUCAUUAGGGCUAGAAACUAGGGGUGGCGUAAUGACGAAGAUCAUUCCACGAAAUACAACCAUACCUACCUCCAAAAUAGAGGUGUUCACUACUGCUGCAGAUGGGCAGACAAGUGUUGAGAUUAAUGUUUACCAGGGGGAAAGAGAAUUCGUGAGCGACAACAAACUUCUUGGAAGCUUCCGAUUGGAGGGUAUCCCUCCUGCUCCGCAAGGAGUUCCUCAAAUUGAAGUUAAGUUUGACAUUGAUGCCAACGGUAUCCUCUCUGUUACUGCUGUUGAUAAGGGAACUGGAAAAAAACAGGAUAUCACUAUUUCUGGCGCUAGCACUCUGCCUAGCGAUGAGGUGGAAAGGAUGGUGAGGGAAGCAGAAAAAUUUGCAAAGGAGGACAAAGCGAAAAGGGAUGCUAUCGACACUAAAAACCAGGCAGAGACUGUUGUUUACCAGACUGAAAGGCAGUUGAAGGAGCUGGGCCAGAAAGUACCACUCUCGGUUAAGGAGAAAGUGGAGGCUAAGCUGAAGCACCUCAAGGAUGCAAUCUCAGGAGGGUCAACUCAAACUAUUAAAGAUGCAAUGGCUGUUCUGAACCAAGAAGUCAUGCAAUUAGGGCAGUUUCUUUACAAUCAGCAGGGGACAGAGGCUGGUCAGUCGAAAUCAACUAGAAAAAGUGAUGAUGGGGAUGUUAUUGAUGCAGACUUCACUGAAACCAACUAAUUGGUUUAGAUUCUCACUUUGAAUAUUUGUGCAGGUUACCUUUGUGUAUAAUAGAUUUUAUGAGAUUUCAGUUCAAUAGAGUAUGUCUUAGAAAGAUUUGGAGUUCUAUAUUUCCGAACUUCAGGUGCUUUAUUGUCAACUUACAAAGUCUGUAUUGUCAACCGAAGAAAAUUUAGGCAGAGCUACAAACAGGGAAGAUGAUCUUCAUUUGGUGGAGAAGCUUAUAUGCCCUGUCUGUAAGUACUUUGGAUCAUGUCUAAUUAUUAUAAUCUUUCAGAGUCAAAUAUAAACACAGCACUUUCCAUCA